AUGGUUUCCGAGCAAUCUUCAAAUUAUUCAAAGGAGAGUAUAGAAGAGAAACCUAUAUUAUUACACAACAAUUUGGCUCAUAUAUCUCCCGAUGUACAAGUGUCUUUGACAGAAAUGAAAGACACACUGACAAUAUUUCGUGGCAGUGAUGAACUUAUAUGGGGAGACUUUCUCGUCGCAAUAGGUAUGGAUAACAAUACCAAUUUCAACUCUAUCAUGGUUAAUAAAUUUGGUGCCACGACUUUCAAUAACGUAAACAUAUCGAAAAAUUCAAAGUAUUAUCCCGCCAUUGAGAAUCUUGAUCCUAAGUAUAAGGACUCCAAUGCUAGGAAAUGUCUAGCGGUCACAUUGCUGAAAAUAUACCCUCUAUUUGAGAAACAUAUUACUACUGUGUCCGAUCUACCUUUUGAAUAUGAUCAAACACAUGCAGGUGAAUUAGCCAGUACUGCAACAUUAAUACCCAAUGUAGAUCCAGAAGUGUUUCUAUUAAAAUUGAAGAACUAUGGUAUGCUAAACGAUACAAGCAGAGUGAUCACUUCAACUAUGGUGGAUGUAGUUUAUGAGAAUAAUGAAGAUGUUAUUGACUACAACAAUCAGUUAGUGUAUUAUCUAGGUGAGCAAUUAGAACAAUUGUUCAACCCUGUCACGGAGUACUCACCUGAGCAAACAGAAUAUGCAUAUAAAGCUCCAGACGAGGAGCCUUCUCUGUUCAACAGUGAUACCUCACUCUUGAAAUCUGUUUGCAAUGAGCUUCUACAGCUGCAGACUAAAUUCACCUAUGAUCUCGUAGAAUUUUUACAAGAGUUUCUAAUCAUUUUGAGGGUAAAUGUAUUAAAUGAAGAGAUCGAAGGGUUAUCUACAUUGAAACUGAACAGGUUGUUUCCACCUACUAUUGAUGAAGUUACUCGUAUAAAUUGUAUAUUUCUCGAUUCACUGAAAGCAGCUGUACCUUUUGGAUCAUUUGAAGUGCUAAAAGCGUGUAAUAUCACAAUUCCGUACUUCUACAAAGCUUACACAAGACAUGAGGCAGCAACUAAAAAUUUCUCGAAAGAUAUAAAACUAUUUCUUGAGAACUUUGGUGAUGUAAUACCGAAGAAGGAGGAGUACACGGAAAUGAAAAUGGAGGCACUCAUGAAAGGUCCCCAGGAAAAACUGCUCAAAAUCAAACUUAUAAUAGAGAGAUUGUGGGAAUCAACACCCGAUUGGGGCAAUCAAGAAAAAGAAGCUACAAGCUUUUACAACAAUAUUAUUGAUAUUAUAGACUCUUUUGGAAAACUAGAGUCUCCUCUUCAUUCAUACACUACUAGAGUUUUUACUCCAUCUGGUAAAAUACUUACUGAAUUAGCAAAGGGCUGGCCCAUUGAAUUGCAAUACAAAUGGCUAAAAAGAAGAGUUGUUGGUGUUUAUGAUAUAAUUGAUUCAUCAGACAUCUCAAAACGAAAGCUGCUUGUUAUAUUUAGUGAUUAUGUUGUAUUCCUAGAUAUUCAAAACUCUGAAAGUUACUAUAAAAAUCCAAACAGGCCAAUGCUGUCUGAUAUUCUUACAAAUUCAUUGAUUAAUGAGGUUCCGCUUCCCUCGAAAAUUCCACGAAUGAAAGUUCAGAAAUAUAGCUACAUUGAUGAUGUUCAAGUUACUAUUGUAGAUGGCAAUAUAUUGCGGUUUGAUUGUAUUAGAGAAGUUGACCCAUUCUCUAUCUCAUGUCGAUUAAAAUCAAAGUCUACUACAGAAAAAAGAAUAGCAGACUUGAUUACUAAGGCAAAAAUUCUUGAGAAAGAUACAGCAUUUCAUCUAUUUAAGGCUGAGGUUAACGGCGUGACUCUAUAUUCUACUGCUCACGAAUAUCAAGCUUACCAAUCUGAGAGACAAAAAUCAAAAGUUGCAUUGUUUUUGAACUUAAGUCCAUCGCCUUCAUAUAUUACUGAAAAUUCACUUUAUGCAGGUUUGUUUAUGAAAUUUGAGGAUACAACAAGAUUAGAUAAAAUCAGGAUCACGACGGUUCUAUAUGAUGGUACAAAAUCUAAUUAUGUGGUAAGACCGGAACAAAUGAUAACUUUUGUUGUCAGACAGCUUUCUCAGUUAUUGCCUAAUUGCUACUCCUCAACUCGGUCACCUUUAGCCACUUCGUUAUUGAACCUUCAAGCUCAGCUAAUAUCUGAAUUAGUAAAACCAAAAAUAGCUGCGUCAUCAAAGUCAAAUGACAGUGCUAAACUUAUGGAUAUGAAUAAUUUCAUUGCAGAAAAGGCAGACAAAUCGGACAAAUAUGAUGCAAAGCAUGAGAAGAAAAGAUCAUAUGGUACUAUCACAACAUUUAGAAGUUACAAGAGUGACUUGAAAGAUGUUGAGUCCUCUGGAGAAAUAUACAGUCGUGAACAUAACACAUCUACUAAGAUUUCAAAGAACAAUGUCCAGAAAAUCUCAAAGAAUGUGAGAACAAAGGUAACUGAAUCACCUGGUCGAAAACAACGGGUUUCAAAAACUCAAGCAGACAAGUCUAAAAAGACUUCUGGUUUGUCUAACUUUUUCAAAUCUAUUUUCAAGGGGAGUGGUAAGAAAACUAAACGCCCAACAAAUGAGAAAAUUCAGUUAAAGAGAAUAGGAUCAAAUAAGAAUAUCAGUCAUGUUCAUAUCAGUUCCAAGCCAAGGAAUAAGGCUGUUAUAAAAGAUACGACAAAUACAGCAGAGUUGGAGGAACCUCUGAUUUCAAGAGCGGUCACUUCUGUUGAAAUAUCAGCAGAGAAAGUUGAUAGAAAAGAUGAAGACGAACGUGUCCUGUCCGUCGUGCACAAUAAACAGUUUGAAGAAACUAAAGCCAAUUCUGAGGCACCGGCAGAUAAUGAAAGAAUGGGCCAGGAUAUCCACCAUGAUGCAGGAAAUACUUCAGACCUAUUGAUAAAAGAAAUUGCAGAUGAAGUUGUAGAGCAGAAAGAGUUUUUGGAACAGCUCUCAAAAAACAUGUCAAUCCAGAAAGAAAAUAAGACAGUACAACCUCAGGUAACUCAGAAACCCACUUCCAUAAAAAAUCAAGCCUCUGCUUUGUAUUUGUAUGAUAAUGAUUUGUUUGGUGAUUUUAAACAAAAACCUAACGACCAUGAUAACAUUUCAGUCAGUUUAGAAAAUGAACUCACUGCUGAGGGUAGCGAGAAUGAGGACGAGGAUCCCAAGAAGGUAUCCCAUCAAUAUCAAGAAGAGACAAUUGAAUACCAGGAAAAUGAACCCAAGAAUGAUGAACCUGAUAAUCCUUCCAAAGAGGCUGAUGAGCAAGCUGACAGUAAAGAAAAUGUGGAACUAUUACCUACAAAGAGCGAAGUAUCUGCAGGUAAACCUCUUGUCUUUCCUACUAUUCAGAAGGUGGUAAAGAAACCACAACAAAUCCAAAGAUCAGAUUCAUUCUAUGAGUUAUAUAAGGGGAUGAGAAUGGUUUUGGAUGAUACUGAUGUAAAAUACAAUUGGAAGCGCCUUCCAAGCUUGGUAUCAUUAUCAGUUCAAAAUGCUGUCAACAGUGAUAAAAGUAAGCAUGCAUUUGAAAAAAUAGCUCAUGCAAGAGAGACACCAUCACUGGUUGAAAAUCUAAUGGAGAAAAAAGAGUUACCGAUGCAAGCUACGGAAACACAAGUAAGAGAAGCUCGGAAGUUAAAAAAUGCCGCUGUCAUUAAACCGGUGGAAAAUAAUUUCAAACCUGUGAGUGACACUCUCAAGUCUCCAUUUAAAGCAUAUCCAGAACUGACAAAGAGUACAGAAUAUGUUAAUAACGACUCAAUAAAUAUCUUCAGUGAGUUGGAGAAGGCUUUUGAGGUACCACAAGCUAAAGUCAGUGUACCAACUUUUAAAGUAGUCAGGACUUCACCAACUAGAUAUGUACAACUGGAAAGUGGUUCUAUUAGGACUGAUCGCAUGGUUCCCUCACCUGAAUUGUCUCAAUCUUUGUCCUAUAGUUCAUUUGUCGAGGAAUUGCAAAAUAAAAAGCCACAGAGACUUGUGGAGAUUGCAGAUUCUAUUACAGAUAUGCAGUCAAAUUUGACAAAGGAUGACGAAACUAUUGCUUCUUCGAAUGCCCCAUCUCAUGUCUCAAGCGAAUUCGAACAACAGAAGGAUAUAUCACAACAGUCAGACAGUUCUUUAGAGGAAGAGCAUUACUCGGCUAAAAAACCUCUAAGUCAAGAAAUUAACUCAUCAGGUAUUUUAGAAUCUCUCGAAUUUAGCUCCUUUACCAUGGGCUUUGAAGAUACCAUUGAUGUUGUCAAUUCGUCACAUAUUCCUAGUGGUGAUUUACUUCCUGAGACAGGCAGUAGAAAUAUGGUAUUAACUAGACCUAAAAGAAAUGAUGCCCAUCCAGUUUACCUUUUACCGAGGUACAGCAUUAGCACCACCAAGUCUUUAAAUCAGACAAGAGAGAGAAUGCAAUACGAUGAAGAUGCUAUUUGGGUUUCACCAACUAAGUUGAGUUUCUCAGAGAAGGACUCAUCUAUUCGUUUAGUAAAAGAGGGAACUACACCUACAAAGACGUUAACACACCAAGGAAAUAAGACAAAGGUCGAUAUUCCACGUGAAGAGUCCUCAUUUGGAUACUUGUCUUCGUUGUUGGCGGUAGAUAGUAACAAUAAUAAUAUCCUAGAAUUUGUAUAA